GCGAGGGCGUGUGUGUGUGUGUGUGUGUGUCCGUGUUUGUGCAGUGUUGCUCUUUGCCGCCUCUCGGAAUAGUGGAACGAAGUGUCACGUUGGGUAAUAGCAAAGUGGAUUGGUCUGUGUGGUUCGUGUGUGGUGUUGGGGGUCUGUCUGUCUGUCUGUCUGUCUGUCGUUCGGAUAUUCCCUCGCCGCACACAUGCAAGGAGCGGGCAGGCUGGUGGACGGCGCGGGCGGCGUGCUGGGGGCGUGCGCGUCGUGCUAGUGUCGUGCCGCAGUGAGCGUCACCGCGGCCCGUGACGCCGAGCCGCCUCCGCCGCCUCCGUGGUGUGCGCCGUGCGGGUGUGCAGUGCCGUGGUUGUGUCGCCGCGCGGUGGUGUGUGGCGCCGUGAUGCACCGGCGUGAUGUGUGAGCCCCGCCGCCUCGGGGAGGGGAGGGGGCCGGCUGUCCCCUCCCACUCCGCCGCCCUCGCGCCCCCCUGCCGCCCCCACUGCUGCCGGGGCCGCAGACGGGCCGUGGCCGAGGGCCGCGCGGGGGCGAGGACAGUGGCCGGCCGUGACAGGACUCAUCCGCCGCGCGCCGCCGUGUUGCUGCCGCUGGUGCUGCUGCUGCUGCGCCCCGCCGCCGCCGAGUACGUGCGGGAGUUCGAGGUGUCCGAGGGCGUGGCGAUAGGGACCAACAUUGGCUACAUCGGUGACAGUAACCCCGGCCAGCCGCCGCCGCCCUCGCCGCCCUACCUGAUCGUGCCCGUACCGGGCAGCCCCGUGGACUCCGACCUGCGCAUCGAGGAGGACACGGGCGAGAUCAAGACCAUGGUGGUGCUGGACCGCGAGCUGCGCGCCUCCUACUCGCUGGUGGCCAUCCCGCAGUCCGGCGAGAGCAUCCGCGUGCUGAUCCGCGUCAAGGAUGAGAACGACAACGCGCCCACCUUCCCCUCGGCCGUCAUGAACAUUGACUUCCCGGAGAACACGCCGCGGGACGUCAAACGCACGCUGGCGCCGGCGCGGGACCGCGACCUGGGCAUCUUCAACACGCAGCGCUACCGCAUCGUGUCUGGUAACGUCAACAACGCCUUCCGCCUUUCGUCGCACCGCGAGCGGGACAGCGUCCUCUACCUCGACCUGCAGAUCAACGGCUUCCUUGACCGCGAGACCACGGCCUUCUACUCGCUGCUGAUCGAGGCCUGGGACGGGGGGUCGCCGCCCCUCAAGGGCUCCAUGACCGUCAACAUCACCAUCCAGGACGUCAACGACAACCAGCCCAUCUUCAACCAGAGCCGCUAUUUCGCCACCGUGCCAGAGAACGCCACCAUCGGCACCUCGGUGCUGCAGGUGCUGGCCACGGACACGGACGCCGGCGACAACGGCAAGAUCACCUACUCCAUCAACCGCCGCCAGAGUGACCGCGAGAACAUGUUCCAGAUCGACCCCAAGUCCGGCGUGAUCUCCGUCAACCGGCCGCUGGACUUCGAGGCCAAGGAGGUGCACGAGCUGCUGGUGGUGGCGCGCGACAACGGCGACCAGCCCCUCGAGACCACCGCCUUCGUGUCCAUCCGCGUCAUCGACGUCAACGACAACCAGCCCACCAUCAACCUCAUCUUCCUCUCCGACGACGCCACGCCCAAGAUCUCUGAGGACGCGCAGCCCGGUGAGUUCGUGGCGCGCAUCUCCGUCAACGACCCGGACUCGAAGGAGGAGUACGCCAACGUGAGCGUGACGCUGGAGGGCGGCGACGGCCACUUCGACCUAACGACGCAGGAUAGCAUCAUCUACCUGAUGGUGGUGUCGCGUCCGCUGGACCGCGAGCUGAAGCCCAACUACACGCUGGUGGUGUUCGCCACGGACAUGGGCAACCCGCCGCUGCACGCCUCCAGGAAGUUCGACCUGCAGGUGACGGACAUGAACGACAACGCGCCGGAGUUCGAUCAGACGGUGUACCAGGCGAACGUGCUGGAGGUGGCGGACCCCGGCACGUCGGUGUUCCAACUGUCGGCGCUGGACCGGGACGAGGGGAACAACUCCGUCAUCACCUACUCGAUCCGCAACACGCCGGAGACGCACUCGGACUGGUUCCAGAUAGACUCCCGCACGGGCCUCAUCACCACGCGGACCCACGUCGACUGCGAGACGGAGCCGGAGCCGCAGAUCACCGUCAUCGCCACAGACUCCGGCUCCCCGGCGCUCUCCUCCUCCGCCACCGUCAAGGUCACCAUCAUGGACGUCAACGACAACGAGCCAAUCUUCGACCAGAGCUUCUACAACGUGUCCGUCCACGAGUCCGAGGCCGUGGCCACCUGCAUCCUCAAGGUCUCCGCUACCGACCCUGAUUGCGGCGUGAAUGCGCGGGUCAACUAUACAAUCGGGGACGGCUUCAAGCGCUUCAAGGAGUUCGAGAUACGGCCGAAGUCAGGGGAGAUUUGCAUAUCGGGGCAACUGGACCACGAGACCCGCGCCGUGUAUGAGUUCCCGGUGGUGGCGACGGACCGAGGCGGCCUCAGCACCACCGCCGCCGUCAAGAUUCAGCUCCUGGACGUGAACGACAACUCGCCGACGUUCUACCCGCAGCAGUACAACGUGUCGCUGAGGGAGCAGCACAACCAGUCCGUGCCCGUAGUGGUGGUGGUGGCCACGGACAAGGACGCGGGCGUGUACGGACAGGUAACAUACGAGAUCGUGGGAGAGAACGACCCCGGCGGCUUCCGAAUUGACGGCAAGACGGGCGAGAUCUUCGUGACGGAGACGCUCUCGAAGGCCAACUCCAUGUACCAUAUCAACGUGUCGGCCAGGGACGGGGGCGGCCUGAGGUCGGCGGUGGUGGCGGAGGUCGGCAUAUCGGUCAUCGACACCAACCAAGAGCCGCCCAUCUUCGAGAACUCACGAUACACAUUCGGGGCGGACGAGAACGUGCCCCCCGGGUCCUCGGUGGGCACGGUGACAGCGGUGUCCAGCAACAGGGGGGACUCGGGGCAAGGCAGCGGUGAGGUGCGCUACAACAUAUACUCGGGCGACCCCAACGGCUACUUCAGCAUCGACAGCCUGAGCGGCGUCCUGAGCACCGCCUCGCCGCUGGACCACGAAACGCACCCCUUUGUGCUGCUCAAUGUGCUGGCCACCGCUGGGACCCCGCCCACCUAUGGACACACACAGGUCAACAUCAGCAUCUACGACGUGAAUGACAACGCGCCGGAGUUUGAUGUGGCGACAGUGAAGAUUUCGGUGCGGGAGAACGCGGUGCUGAAGGAGGCCAUCUACGCCGCGCACGCCUCCGACCAUGACUCUGGGGCCAACGGCAUGGUGACCUACAGCCUCGUGCAGAACCCCGGCAACAUGUUCUUUAUUGACGAGAUGCAGGGGAUCCUCAUGCUGGCCGAGGAGCUGGACUACGAGGACGUACAGAAAUACACGCUCGUCAUCGGCGCCAGAGACCGCGGCGUUCCGAGACUCGCGUCCAACCUCACCGUCAACCUCGAGGUGCAGGACGUCAAUGACAACCCGCCGGUGUUUGACAAGGAGGAGUAUGCCGUCAGCGUCCUGGAGUCCUUGCCCGCCAAUUCCCAGUUCCUCCAGGUCACGGCGCACGACCUUGACACCGGGAACAAUGCGCGACUGACCUACACCAUCCGGGAGAAGGAGUUUGAGAAUGUGUUUGGGGUCUUCCCUAAUUCAGGCUCGCUGUAUCUGAAGGAGGUGCUGGACCGAGAGACACGCGACAGCUACGUCCUGACGGUGGUGGCCACGGACAACGGCAUGCCCGUCUCCACCGCCUCCACAACCGUCGUCAUCACCGUGCUGGACGCCAAUGACAACACGCCCACAUUCUCCAGACAGAUCUACGAGUUCACGGUGGAGGAGAACCUUGGCUCGGGCGCAGUGGUGGGGAGCGUGUCGGCAGAGGACCGUGACGUGGGCAACAACGCCUCCCUCAAGUUCUCCCUCCUGCCCGCCGACGGCUCCUUCCAGAUCAACCCAGACACAGGCGAGAUCGUAACACGCGUGGCCCUGGACCGCGAGCUGAAGGCCGUGUACGAGGUGACGGCAGAGGUGCACGACCAGGGCACGCCACCUCGCCACACCCGGGCCACCGUGCGCGUGCUGGUGACGGACGUGAACGACAACUCCCCGACGUUCAUUGAGCCUCGGGAGCCGUCGGUGAGCGUGCGCGAGGAGCAGCCAGCGGGGACGGAGGUGUUGCAGGUCCGCGCCACAGACAGAGACGAAGGGAACAACGCCUCCAUCACCUACUCCUUCAUCACCACAAACGACAACGAUGAUGAUAGUGCCUUCACCAUCAACCCCACCACGGGCGUCAUCACCACCACCAAGGUGUUGGACCACGAGGCCAAGCAAGUGUACCGCGUGACGGUGCAGGCGAGCGACCAGGGCAGCCCGCCGCGGAACGUGACCACAGUGCUGCAGAUCGAGGUGCUGGACCUGAACGACAACCGGCCCACCUUCCCUGCCUCCUCCGUAGUGUUCAAGGUACGGGAGGGCGUGAAGGUGGGCGAGGAGGCCGGCUCCGUCAUGGCCGUGGACCGGGACGGCGGGGAGAACGGCCGGGUCACGUACACGAUUCUGUCUGGGAAUACUUACGGAACCUUCGACAUCAACAAGACCAGUGGGCAGGUGUUCACCGCCCGGGAGGUGGACUACGAGCUGGCCACGGAGUACAUGCUGGAGGUGAAGGCCGUGGACGCCUCGGCUACCAACCCGCAGAGCUCCAUCAUCAACGUGAAGAUCGAGGUGCAGGACGAGAACGACCAGUCCCCGGUGUUCCAGGAGGACCCGGUGCUGUUCUCCAUUGGCGAGAACACGGCCAUCGGCACGCCCGUCUGGAACUUCACGGCCACGGACCUGGACAGCGGCGACAACGGCUACGUGCAGUACUCGCUUGCCCAGCAGCGGCCCAAGAAGGUGUUCCGGUUGGACGCCACCACGGGCAUGCUGACGCUGAUGGCGCCGCUGGACCACGAGGAGCACCGGGAGUACACGCUGGUGGUGGUGGCGGCGGACCAGCCCAGGGACGAGACGCAGCGGCGGCAGGCGUCCGUCACGGCGCGCAUCCUCAUCGAGGACUACAACGACAACACGCCCAAAUUUGUGUCGCGCAGUCGCGUGGACGUAAUGGAGGACGAGCCGCGCGGCACGCCGGUGCUGCACGUCAUCGCCACCGACGAUGACUCGCGCGACAACGGCCGCGUCACCUACAUCAUCAGCUCCGGCAACGACGGCAGCUUCGCCCUCGACUACGAGACGGGCGAGCUGAGCAUCGCCCAGGCACUGGACCGCGAACGAGCCACGCAGUACCGCCUCAAUGUGACGGCCAGCGACCACGGCCAGCCGCCACGCUCUGCCACGCAGCUCAUCGAGGUGUUCGUGGAGGACGUCAACGACAACCCCCCAAAGUUCAGCCAGGCGCUGUACAAGGCCAACGUGUCGGAGGGUGCGCCGCCCGGCACCUCCGUGGCGCGUGUCACCGCCUCCGACCGUGACUACGGAACCAACAGCAACCUGACCUACAUCAUCCCCGCCGGCAUAGGCGACAACAAGUUCCGCAUCAACCCCUCGACGGGCGUGAUCCGCACCGUGGCCACGCUGGACCGCGAGGACAAGGACCACUACAGCCUCACCGUCUACGUGCGCGACGGCUCCUACCCCGCCCAGUACGACACGGCCUCCGUCCUCGUCACGCUCACCGAUGUCAACGACCACGCACCGGAGUUCCGUGACUCUUGCUACCCCCUGAGGGUGCCGGAGAACACGGACCUCUCCGUCAUCCACACAGUGUUGGCCACGGACCGCGAUGCCGGCCUCAACGGGCAGGUGCGCUACUCCAUCACCGGCGGCAACGUCAACAACAAGUUCAGCAUCGAGUCCUCCACGGGCCAGCUGUCGUCGCGGCCGCUAGACCGCGAGGCGCAGGCCAAGUACUUCCUGGUGGUGACGGCCGAGGACCGUGCCCAGACGGCCCUGCGCGGCGUGUGUAACAUCACCAUCACCGUCGAGGACCAGAACGACAACGACCCAAAGUUUUCGCAGAACCGCUACACGACCAUGCUGCCGGAGGAUGCGGCGCUUGACACUGUGGUGCUGACGGUGCGCGCCACCGACCGCGACCAUGGCGAGAAUGCGCGCAUCACCUACUCCCUCAGCAACGAGACGCAGUGGCUCUUCAAGAUAGACAACGAGACGGGCAUCAUUACUACGGCCGGGCACUUUGACAGGGAGAAGCAAAACGUGUACUCCUUCGAGGUCCGCGCGACGGACGGCGGCCGCUACGACGCGCGCUCGGAGAAGUCCCAGGUGCAGAUCACCAUCACCGACGUGAACGACAACAAGCCGGUGUUCACGCAGUACCCCUUCACCGUGGACCUGCCCGUGUACUCCCAGCCUGGUCAGGAGCUGCUCAAGGUCACUGCCACCGACAAGGACGAGGGCGUCAACCAGGAGAUCGUGUACAGCCUGGUGGACGAACCUGCCAACAGCAAGUUCCGCAUCAACCCCGAGACGGGCGUGGUAACAGCCACCAGUCCGCUGGGCAUGGAGAGCGGCCGCCUCUUCCACCUGGAGGUGCUGGCGCAGGACCGGGGCCGCCCGCCACAGUCCUCCACAGGCCUGGUGGAGAUCCGUGUUGGGGACGCGACCUCCAUGACCACGUUGCAGUUCAAGAACUCAUCAUACUCGGUGGAGCUGGAGGAGAAUGCGCCGGCGGGCUCCGAUGUGGUGCAGGUGGCAGCCGUGCGCAGUGACAAUAACUGGCAGCGCAUCGCCUACAGCUUCGGCUCUGGCAACGAGGAGAACAUCUUCGACAUCAUCAGCAACAAUGGCCUCAUCCGCGUCCGUGACCCGCGGCGCCUCGACUACGAGACGCUGCCCCAGAUGCGGCUGGUGAUCGUGGCGCAGGCGGAGGGCGAGGUGCCGCUGUACGCCUACACCAGCGUGUGGGUCACCCUCACCGACACCAACGACAACGCGCCGCGCUUCACGCAGGACCGCUACGUGUCCUCGGUGUGGGAGGGCUACAACAAGGGCGAGUACGUCAUGCAAGUCUCUGCCACCGACGACGACACCGGCGCCAACGCCAACAUUGUCUACCACAUCGUCGAGGGCAACCAUGACAGCGCCUUCGUCAUCGACCCGCCCUUCUCCGGCAUUGUCAAGACCAACAUCGUCCUGGACCGGGAGAUCCGCGACGCCUACAAGCUGACCAUCAUCGCCACGGACGAGGGCGUGCCGCAGCGCACCGGCACCUGCACGCUGAGGAUCAACAUCGUGGACGCCAAUGACAACCAGCCCACCUUCCCGCCACACUCCAUCGUGCAGGUCUCCGAGGGCUCAGAGGUGGGGACCGUCAUCACCACCAUCACCGCUAACGACGUCGACACCAACCCCGCCAUCACCUACAACUUCGCAAGCUCCGGCAACCCUCACAACAUGUUCAGCAUUGACAAGUUUAGCGGCAAGAUCACCCUCGCCAAACCACUGGACCACGAGACCAAGAACGAGUAUAUGCUGCAAGUGGAAGCCUCGGACACCUCUCACGUCGCCACCACCUCCAUAACAGUGAAGGUGGUGGACGAGAAUGACAACGCACCCGUCUUCACGCAGCAGGCUUACCAGGUGGCGCUUCCAGAGCUGUCCCGCCCUGGCACGCCUGUCAUUAGGGUCAACGCCACGGACAAGGACAUCGGUGCCAACGCAAGGGUCAAGUACAGCCUGGGCAGCUCCUCCGACACAGGCUUCUACAUCAGCGACCGGACGGGGAUCAUCUACACCAACUCCUCCGUGCACUACAACCCCCGCCAGCCCGUCAUCCAGCUGGUGGUGACGGCUCGGGACGCAGGCCGCCCCUCACUAGCUGCUGUGGCCGCCGUUCGAAUACAGGUCACAGAUGUCAACGAUAAUGCACCCAAGUUCUCGCGGGAGGAUUAUACUGCCCACGUCAGCGAGGACUCUCCCCGCGGCCACCUGGUGACGCGCGUCUCGGCCUCGGACAUGGACGAGUCCCGCCACAACCGCAACAUCGACUACCGGCUGGUGGGCGGCAACGAGCGCGGCGCCUUCCAGAUCACCAGCAACACCGGCGAGAUCUUGCUGGUGCGCCGCCUGGACCGCGAGGACGUGGCCGAGUACCGCCUCAUCGCCAUGGCCACUGACCGCGGGCAGCCGGCGCGGAACGCUACGGCGGAGGUCGUGAUCACGGUGGACGACGUCAACGACCACGCGCCGAUGUUCAACCAGAGCGAGUACGCGGUGACAGUGAGCGAGUCGCUGGGUCUUGGCGCCUCGGUGGUGCAGGUGCUGGCGACAGACGACGACGCGGACGACAACGCCGCCAUCAGCUACGACAUCACCUCCGGCAAUGACCACCAGGUGUUCGCACUGGACUCUGAGACGGGCGUGGUGUCUCUGCGUGAGGCCCUGGACUUUGACGCCGUACCGGAGUACCGCUUCAUCGUGCGAGCCACGGACGGCAGCCGCCACCACCCGCUGUCCGCCCUGGCCACAGUGCACGUGGUGCUGACGGAUGAGAAUGACAACGCGCCGCAGUUCCCUGUGGACCGCUACCUGGAGUUUGUGCCGGAGAACUCGCCCGUCGGCACCACGGUGUUCACGGCGCAUGCCAACGACGGCGACAAGGGCGUGUACGGGGCCCUUAACUACUCUAUCCCCGGCGGCAAGGACAUGGACAAGUUCGGCGUGGACCACAAGACCGGCGUGGUGGUGACACGCGCCGUCUUCGAUUACGAGGCCAAGCACGAGUACUCCUUCCUGCUGCGCGCCGUGGACGCCGGCGGCAAGUCCUCGGUGGUGGCGGUGCAGGUCAACGUGGACAGCAAGGACGAGUUCGCGCCGGAGUUCCUGGAGCAGAGCUACUUCUUCGCCGUGCCCACCAACCUUGAGGCCGGCGCCGUGGUGGGCCGCGUGGAGGCCAGCGACCGCGACGAGGGCACGGACGGCCGCGUCUUCUACUCCCUGCGCGUGUCCUCCAGCGUGUUCAGGAUCAACCGCACGUCGGGGGAGAUCACGGUGCGCCGCGCCGGCCUGCGCGAGGAAGGCCUGACGCGCCUGGAGGUGGUGGCCACCUCGGGCCAGGUGGGCUCGCUGCGCACUGUGGCCGUGGCCGAGCUCAGCGUGGGCGGCAAGAACGGGACCUGGAACAACACCUCGCCGGUGGCCACGGGCGGCCAUGACUCAGGCGGCCUGGCCACCUGGGCCAUCGGCCUGCUCAUCGCCCUCAUCUUCCUGGUGCUGAUCUUCGGCGGCGCCUUCCUUCUGCUGUAUCGGCGCAACCUGCGGGCGCGCAAGACCGUCAUGGCCGACCAGUUCGAUAACUCCUUCGACACCAUCGACAUCCGGCCGCCGCCCUCGGCCCCGGCGGACCUGUCGCAGUACCCGCCGCGCUACAACGACCUACCUCACUACGACCACCACGGGGAGCGCAGCCACCACCACGGUAACACCACCUCGGAGAUGAGCGAGCAGAGCCAGAGUGCCAGCAGCGGCCGCGGCAGCGCCGACGACAACGAGGACGUGGAGGACGAGGAGAUCCGCAUGAUCAACGAGGGACCGCUCAUCCAGCAGCAGAAGCUGCGGGAGCGCCUGGGCCUGCCCGACUCCGGCAUCCGCGAUGACGACAACAUGAGCGACGUGUCGGUACACAACACGCAGGAGUACCUGGCGCGCUUGGGCAUCGACACCACCAAGAGCGAGUCCACCAAGGGCUCACAGGACCUGGCGCACUCCAUGGAGAGCAUGCACAUGUUCGACGAUGAGGGCGGCGGCGAAGCCGACGGCAUGGACAUCAGCAACCUGAUCUACGCCAAACUGAACGAGGUGACGCCCGAGGAGGACGCCUCCAUCAUGGACGGCACGCGCGCCUUCGGCUUCGGCGACGAGAGCCAGCCCUCCAUGACGGGCUCGCUGAGCUCCAUCGUGCACAGCGAGGAGGAGCUGCAGGGCUCCUACAACUGGGACUACCUGCUGGACUGGGGGCCACAGUACCAGCCCCUCGCGCACGUCUUCUCCGAGAUCGCGCGCCUCAAGGACGACUCCGCGCCCAACUACAGUCGCGAGCCGCUCAAGAAGACCCUGAACCCCCAGGUGAAGACCAUCCCGCCGCCGCUGCUGACCAGCGUGGCGCCGCGCUCCAUCGCCCCGGUGGCACUGAGCUCCGCCCGCACCAGCCAGCUGACGCUGCCCUCACUGCCGCGCUCCCCCAUCAGCCACGAGUCCUCCUUCACCUCCCCCGCCAUGUCCCCCUCCUUCAGCCCCUCCCUCUCCCCCCUGGCCACGCGCUCCCCCUCCAUCUCGCCCCUCAUGACGCCCGGCAGCGUCAGCCACGCCACCUCGCCCGCCGCCGCCGCCGCACAGACCUCCGCCACCUCCACGCCGCACCACGGCCGCCCCGUGGGCCAGCGCCAGGGCCCCGCGGGCCUCAUGGCCGGGGCCUCCUCGGGCUCCGAGACCGAACUCAGGAUAUAACCGGCCCCGCCC